AUGCGUAGUGGGCCGGACGUGGAAUCAUAUCGUGAGGAUAAGUUGCAUAGGACCGGUGGCGGGCUCAAUGUGGAACCGCCCAAAGGCCUCUGGAAGAAAGGGGUGUGCAAAGGGAACAUCGUUGCCCCGAGCCCAAUUCCAAGCUCAGCCCCUGAAGCCUUGAAGCAGAAGUUGAGCUCUCAGCCCCGGGCGCAAACACUCAAAGUUGAAAUUCUAGUUCCAACUGGUCUAAGAGCAGCUGAACUCAUCCUCGGACGAUGCACUAUGAUUGUGCUGGCAGAUGAGCCCCAGACCGCCCUGCGUAAGCAUUCCGUCCCGGUGCACCACUUGGAUACUGCUGCCAUCAUGCCCACGCCUCCUGCGCAAGCUGCUGCUUUCGAGGCCGUCCAUGUGGAGUCUGAAGAAGAGGUGAAGGACUCUUCCACGCAGUCCCGUGGUUGGGUGAAGAAGGCUGCCUUGGCUCUGGCGUUGGGCCUCGGUGUCGUGGGCUUCAUGGCCAUGCCGAAAGCAACGAGGUUCUGCAAUGGAUUGGAUCUCGGGGCCUUCCAGGGAAAGUCCAACCUUGGCUUGGACGCACAGAUGGCUCUGAAGGCCGAUGCGCUGAAGGGUGUCAAGAAGCCCUCGGCGGCCGAGAAGAUUGUCCUCAAGGCGGUGGCCAAUCAUGAGCAAUCGUACGCUGUACACUCCAUCCGGUUUUGGUUUGCGGACUACGGGGUUCAGGCUUCGGCAGAUUCGGUGCUAACCUCCCGGACUGCUUAA